GAGAAAUUCUGGGUUUCUUCUAUCUACGCGCAAAAUCUCUCAAAGAGGCCUCUUCAAAGGUAACAGAAUCAUCUCCUCUCGUUUCUCUAUCUGAAGAAAGAAUCAGAGAGAAGAGGGAGAGAGAUAUAUAGAGGAUGCCUGUGAUCUCCAAAGCUUCAUCUACCACCACCAAUUCAUCGAUUCCUUCGUGUUCUAGGAUUGGAGGUCAGCUUUGCGUGUGGCCUGGUUUGAGACAACUUUGCCUCAGGAAAAGCUUAUUAUACGGAGUAAUGUGGUUAUUAUCCAUGCCACUGAAAACAUUGCGUGGAGCUAGAAAGACCCUUAAAAUUACCCACUUUUGUAGCAUUUCCAAUAUGCCAUCCUCAUUAAAAAUCGAACUGGUGCCCUGCAGUAAGGACAACUAUGCUUAUCUAUUGCACGAUGAAGACACCGGAACAGUUGGAGUCGUUGAUCCUUCUGAGGCUGCACCUGUUAUAGAAGCAUUGAGCAGGAAAAAUUGGAAUUUGACUUACAUUUUGAACACUCAUCAUCAUGAUGAUCACAUUGGGGGGAAUGCUGAAUUGAAAGAAAGGUAUGGCGCAAAGGUGAUUGGAUCAGCUGUGGAUAAAGAUCGGAUUCCUGGAAUUGACAUACUUCUGAAGGAUAGUGAUAAGUGGAUGUUUGCUGGCCAUGAGGUUCGGGUACUUGACACUCCUGGCCAUACACAAGGCCAUAUUAGCUUCUACUUUCCCGCUUCAGCGACAAUAUUCACAGGAGACCUGAUAUAUAGCUUAUCCUGUGGUACCCUUUCAGAAGGUACCCCCGAGCAGAUGCUUUCAUCACUCCAAAAGAUCGUGUCUUUACCCGAUGAUACAAAUAUAUACUGCGGCCGUGAAAACACAGCAGGCAAUCUCAAGUUUGCACUAUCCGUAGAACCAAAGAAUGAAACUCUUCAGUCCUAUGCAACCCGAGUCGCCCAUCUUCGCAGCCAGGGACUCCCAUCGAUUCCAACGACUGUUAAGGUCGAGAAAGCGUGUAACCCGUUCCUCAGAACAUCGAGCAAAGAUAUCCGAAAAUCUUUAAGCAUUCCAGACUCAGCAACAGAAGCUGAAGCACUGCGUCUUGACUCGGCCGAGUUUUAUAGAGAAAAGGCGAAAGAGCUGGGGUUUAAUUCGGCGAUAACAAUGGUGGAAGAUUCCGUCCGUGGCGGAGAUUCUCACCUCAAGACAUGUGUCGUCCUUGGCGGCCGAGGGUUCAUUGGUCGAUCGCUCGUCUCUAGAUUGCUUCGUCUCGGAAACUGGACAGUCCGAGUCGCUGAUUCCGGUCACACUCUCCAUCUCGACGAAUCCGAUUCGGUCCUCGAGGAUGCUCUCUCCUCCGGCCGUGCUUCUUAUCACUGCGUCGAUGUUCGUGAUAAACCUCAGAUCGUUAAAGCUACUGAGGGUUCCUAUGUCGUAUUUUACAUGGGAGCUACUGAUUUACCCUCCCAUGAUUACUUUGACUGCUACAGGGUUAUAGUUCAAGGUACAAGAAAUGUGAUUUCUGCCUGUCGUGAGUCUGGAGUCAGAAAACUUAUCUACAACAGUUCAGCUGAUGUUGUUUUUGAUGGUUCCCAACCUAUACGUGAUGGUGAUGAAUCCUUGAGACGCCCUUUGAAGUUCCAAUCCAUGCUGACAGACUUCAAAGCUCAAGCGGAAUCUUUGAUCAAAUUUGCAAACAGCUGUGAUGGUCUCUUAACUUGUGCACUUCGCUCUAGCAUUGUAUUUGGACCUGGUGACACAGAGUUUGUACCUUUCGUGGUGAAUCUAGCCAAGUCCGGAUAUGCAAAGUUUAUAACUGGGAGUGGUGAAAAUAUGUCUGAUUUCACUUACUCGGAGAACGUUUCUCAUGCACAUAUUUGUGCCGCUGAAGCAUUAGAUUCACAGAUGGAGUUUGUGGCUGGAAAGGAAUUUUUUAUCACAAACCUCAAGCCUGUCAGAUUUUGGGACUUUGUAAGCCACAUAGUUGAAGGUCUGGGAUACCCAAGACCAUCCAUUAAACUUCCUGUUCGGCUGGUUUUGUUUGUUUUCUCACUUCUUAAAUGGACACAUGAAAAGGAGGGCCUUGGGAGUAAUUAUGACACAGCUCAUCAGUAUGCUCUGUUAGCUUCAUCGACGAGAACUUUUAACUGCAAUGCAGCUAAGAAGCAUCUUGGUUACACACCUGUUGUGACACUUGAAGAUGGUAUUGCAUCAACGCUUCAAUGGUUCUCUCGGGAUCUUGAGAAGUCUGAUGACACAAUCAUUCAAUCUACUGCAGAUCAGCUUCUUGGUUGUGGGAAAGUUGCAGAUAUCUUGCUGUGGAGAAAUGAGAAGAAAACCUUCGUUUCUUUUCUUUUUCUCAACUUGUUUUAUUACUGGUUCUUCUUUUCUGGAAACACAUUUACUUCAUCUGCAGCCCAACUUCUGUUUAUAUUUGCUGUUGCUCUCUAUGGAGUCGCUUUUGUACCGUCAAAGAUUUUCGGGUUUCAAGUCAAGAAAAUACCCCCAUGGAGAUUUGAGAUCUCGGAAUCCGCAGUGAGAGAUCUUAGUAGAGAUAUCGUAGUUGUCUGGAAUCAGGGUGUUCGAGGUUUUAAAUCCUUAAGCACAGGAGGAGACUGGAUCAAGUUCUUCAAGAUUGCAGGAUCGCUAUAUCUCCUCAAACUGAUCGUAUCCCGUUCAUUGGCUGCAUUUCUUUUCACAGUGAUGUCGUUCUCAUUCACCGCUUUCUUCAUCUACGAGCAAUACGAGCUUGAGCUCUACCACCUAGCCCGGAUCUUUGUCGAAUGCUUAACAGUUAUUAAAAGGAUGGUGAUACCUGUUUCUGAUGCUUCAUCUAAACCAAUGUUCAUGUGAAGCUUCCAAAGUCUACUAAACGAACACCUACAAG